AUGAAUAAUAAAUAAUAAGUUCUUGUUAUAGGAGGGAAAGAUGAUGAUCUUUAAACAAUAAAGAAGACUGAAAAUGAAGAUUUUGUUUUUUAAUCUAAUUAUUGUACUGAUUAAUCUUCUUAAUUUGGAAAUAAAUUAAAGAAAGGUUAAUUGAUAUGGUAAGAAUUCUACAAAUAGAAAUUGAUUUAAUACAAAAAGAAUAAUCCUUAACUUAAUCAUAAUGAAUUAACAUCAUAAAUUUCAAAAAAAUGGAAAAGAAAGAAAUAAAAUAAGAAGACUGUUAAUAAAUUAAAAUUGAAAAUAAAACUAGAAAGUAUUACUAAUUAAGCUACUUUAAACAAGAAUAUUAAAUAGAUAGCUAUUCUUAAUGAAGUAGAAUAAAAAGAUGAAAUUGCUGAAAAGCUCAAAACUUUAACUUUUAAAUUAAUUUAUUUAGAUAAUAUUUGUGAACUUAAAGGAGAGACAAUUUUAGAAGCAAUAAAAAGUAAUAUUAAACUGAUUUACAUAAAUAAAUCUAAUGAUAAUGAAUAAUAAGAUAUUUUUAUUGAGGAUAUAUCUAAAAGGAUCAAAACAAGUAAGGCAAAAAAAGAAUAAAAAGAAGUCUUAUUUUAAUCAUAAAAUGAUUCAGAAAAUGAACCUGUAAAUGAUAACAAUGAAAUAAAUUUUGGAAUAGUAAAUAAGAUAAUGAAUUAUUUAUGA